AUGGCUACAAAUAACACACCUGUGACUGGUAACCUUGGGUUCCUCCCAACAUAUCCAAAGUCUCUUUACACUUCAAGACAAAUCCUCAAUGCAAAUCUUUUUCCCACACCGUGCAGGAUCUUAAACAAUACUGCACCUUUCAACAGCCAAUAUCCAACUUCCACUUGAGAUCAUUCUAUCUGCACCCCUCAAAAUUGAGCAGCACUCUGCUGGAGAGCUGGAGGGUGGAAUCACAUCUUAUCCAGGUUAGAGAUAAACUCCAAUAUCCUAUUUUCUUUACCCUGUUUUGUAAAUUUUCUUCUUCAAGCAGUGGCUAAUUAUUUUGCGAUAGAGCACCAUGACGCAACCCGAGUUUCGGUGAUGGAGAACACAUCGAUGAGUAGCACAAACACAAAGAAUACGAUAGCAGAGGACUCGGCCGCAUAUAAUGCAGGACCCAUGAUUUCCACUUCAGAUAUCAACGGACCUGCAAAUUCCGAACCUGAAAUUCCUGAGAAGCUUCUUAUGUGUGUUGAUGGAACUACCUAUCUCACCAGUGGUGGAGUUGAUGAUAUCGGAGAAGUUCAUAACACUGAUCCUAUAUGGUAUAAUCCAGGUACGUGGUAUAAAGCAAUUUCUGAAGCGACGUCUUCUAACAUUAUCACCAGAUGAGUGGGACAUUGUGUCAACACCAACCUUCGCAUCUGGAAGACCAUGCCACAGCGUCAAAACACCUUUGAAUCUUUUGUUAGGUUACCAAGGGCUCAGACAAAUCUUUUGGCCCAAACCUGCAGAAGAGCCGAAAGAGUUCCAUCCCUUUGCACGCCUGCCAAAAGAAUUGCGACUCGAGAUCUGGAAGGCUGCGUUUCCACCAUCAAGACUUGUUUACCUUAUGCAAUACUGGCAUUAUUCUGGGUCACCAAAGCAUAUUCGGCUAUGGUUCCAAAAAUCAAUGGGAGUGGUGGGACUAGUGAGGUGA